GGCGUUGCCUAUGAUAAGGCUUCGAUGGCCAUACCGCGAUGGCACCGCGAAGUAAGACCGGACUCCCGCAAAUCGGGACGUGUUUCACCAUCCCGAGUGAAACAUGAAAUAACCCUGAAACGCCAUCUUCCGCUCCACAAAGGGAGGUCACGAAAGGGGACGUGUUUCAUCGAACUACUAUGAAAAUGCGUCCCGAUAAUGCAAGCACAUAAAUCCCGCCUGCUCAUUCAGACAUCUCUCAUCAUAUCGUCCUCAACAGGUUGCAUCUUCACAAAAACAGCAGAAACGACCAAAAAUGUUUAUCGCCUCGCGUCUCGCAAUGCUGUCGCUAGCCGCAUGUCUGCACUUGCCUCUGUCGGUCUACGCUGAUGAUGCAUCCGGCAGCCCAACACAAUGGCCCAACCUGUCCGACUACUUCAAGGCCACCACCGACGAGAUGGAACUGAUGAAUACUCGCGGCUUCGGUUUCUUUUGGGAUCCCACCAAGGCACCCGGAUUCGAUUUGGACAUCGUCAAGGAGUUUUUAUCUGGGCGUGAAGCAGAUUGCGCUGUAAUCGUCUACUACGAUAGGUUGCAAUCUCGAAUUAAAGAAAAGGAUUCCGGAUCUGGCCUGAUGAAUUCGGACGGUGUGUUUAGCUACGAGUGGCCGCUCGCUAUCGCUCCAAUCUGUCAGAACGAUACGCAGCAGACAAACGCCAGCGAAUACCCAGCUUCGACAUCAGACAAUGUCACUAUGGUUUUCUGGGGAGCUCAUAGCGACACGUCUCAGGAUCUCUAUCUCGUGAUCCCAAUUGAGAAACCUUUCUAUCUCCCCUAUGAGAGCGACCCAUCCUAUAUGGCCGAUGUUAAAGCAGCAGGGUACAACUUCGAUUGUGUCGGGCUUAAGCGGGAGUUACCAGGCCUGCUAUGGGGUGACUCCCAUGAAACUCAAGACGGCGACCGGUACAUAGGAUUUGAAGUUAUGGAUUGGUUACUGCAUUACGAGGCAUAUGCGGGGCGGCAACUACCCGGAUGUGUUCCCAAUCCCUACAUCAUCGGGAAAGGCGAUCGGUCUUGGCCGGCUUUCACAGGAGACGACUUCUAUGGUUAUGACGAGGAGGGCAAGCGGAUCUCGUUGGCUAAUCGAUACACUUGAUUAUUGUCAAAUCUGUCUUCUUCAACAAAGGGCGCUGUAACCUUGUUAAGCGCGCGGCCUUCUUUUCGGAGAUGACUUCCUGACAUUCCACUGGCGUUGUACUUCAAUACCGCACCUUCGUACAACAUAUGUAUAUCCCUCAUGUGUCUUCCAUUUAUCCUCAUCUGUCAUCGUGAGACACUCUGCUGACGAAGAAGAUUGAUGGGCCCAUCCCAGUGAUCGGAAGCGCGAUGCUAGAAACUUUCCCUCGAAGUGAAAGCCUUGAAACGAAUCAGAGCGUUGUCGAAAGUUUGAAUGCUGUUGAAGACUUGAGCAAUCACAAUCUCGCUUCCCGCCAUCUCUAAUACCUCGCCGUCCCAAGUCAGUUUGACAGAUUUGACAUUUUCC